UGGCCUGGCUGUAUAUGGUGGCUCAUUGAGGUGAACGAAAGGAGUCCCAGCGGCUGUUGGUUGGUGGGCGGCAUCCGUGGUUGCCACGGUAACUGGCGACCAUGCCAGGAGGUCGCAGGGGUCCCAGCAGACAGCAGCUAAGUCGCUCUGCUCUGCCGUCCCUGCAGACUCUGGUUGGAGGAAACCUCGGCAAUGGUACAGGCCUCAGGAACAGGAGCAGUAACUCGGUGGGUCUGUCUGCCCCCCCUCUCUCGGCCCUGAUUACUCCGGAGCCGGUCCGUCACUCGAAGAUCCCAGAGCUGCCGUUGGACAGCAGUCUGCUGUUUGAGUUCCUGCUUUUUCUCUAUUUGCUGGUGGCCUUGUUUGUCCAGUACAUUAACAUCUACAGGACGGUCUGGUGGUACCCAUACAGCCACCCUGCUGCCUCUACCUCGCUUAACUUUCAUCUAAUGGACUACCACCUGGCUAUCUUCAUCACAGUCAUGUUGGCCAGGAGGCUUGUUUGGACGAUAGUUUCAGAGGUAUCCCAAAGCAGUGGCGGAUCACUGCUCCGCUAUGUGGUUCUGAUCGCAGCUCGACUCAGCCUGCUGACCAUGUGUGGCUGGGUGCUCUGCUGGACGCUCGUCAACCUCUGCAAGAAGCACUCUGUGCUCAACCUCCUCUUCCUAGGAUACCCAUUUGGUGUGUACGUCCCACUUUGCUGUUUCCAUCAGGAGGGAGGGAAAAGCCAAACGUCAUCAGCUGACUGCGAUUACCCGGCCGACCACCAGCAGCCGACUGAACUCACGGAGACGCCGUUGUUUCGUCCACGUGACUUCCUCUUCCUGUUAAGAGAGAACCUCAGAGAGCAGUUUUCCAGCCCCCCGCACAUGCCUAUUCACAAAUGCCCGCCACACACACACUCGCACACACCGGAGUUGAUUCGAGCAGAGGUGGAGGAGUUGAAGAGCGACUUCAACCGGCGAAUCAAGGAAGUGCUGUUCAACUCGCUGUUCAGUGCUUAUUAUGUCGCCUUUCUGCCUCUCUGCUUUGUCAAGAGCACUCAGUACUAUGACAUGCGCUGGUCAUGUGAGCAUCUGAUCAUGGUGUGGAUCAAUGCGUUUGUCAUGCUGAUGAGUCAGCUGCUGCCCCCCAGCUACUGCGACCUGCUUCAUCGCUCGGCGGCUCACCUGGGCCGCUGGCAGAAACUGGAGCAUGGCUCGUACAGCAAUGCACCUCAACAUGUGUGGUCAGAAAGUACCAUUUGGCCUCAGGGGGUGUUAGUACGACACAGUCGAUGUCUAUAUAAGGCAGUCGGACCCUAUAAUGUCGCUCUGCCCUCUGAUGUUUCCCAUGCAAGGUUUUAUUUCCUGUUCCACAAGCCAUUGCGGAUCCUGAACCUUCUCAUCUGGAUCGAGUCCAGUGUGGUUUUGUACCAGUUAUACUCUCUGCUGCGCUCUGAGCGCUGGAACCACACUUUGUCUCUGGGCCUUAUUCUUUGCUGCAACUACUAUGUCCUUUUUAAACUGCUCCGAGACCGCAUUGUGCUGGGCAAAGCCUACUCCUACCCUCUGUCCUCCAACAGUUUAGGGCUCAAGUCGCAGUAAAGGCUCUUCACAGUGAGACCUCACCUACGAACUCUGGACGUGGAGGGGAGAUCUGGUAAAGACCGGAGGGUUGAUUAGCGCUCAUGCUUGGAGGUUAAGGGACAGACUGUGAAACUCAUAAUCGUGUUUUGAUACGGUUCUAUUUUUAAUGCAAUGUUUAUAUAUACCUAUUUAAAAGAAUAUUUUUAUUUUGUAUACUAUUUCGAGUUACGCCGGGCAUUACCACGCUGACGACAUUAGCAUGUUCUGUUAUGUUGUUGCUAGGCGACAGGGAAGUCAGGGUAUGCCAGGGUGUGACUUUCACCAAAGAUAUUUUAAGUGCAGGUGGCCAAUCAGCGGACUUGGCUUCUGACAGUCAGUUCAACCAGACGAGCGAUUCAGAGCAGUGGAAGGAGAUGUGCCUGAGAUCCUGAGACCUGAUUGGGCUGUCCUGAGGCUCUAGAACCAGUGAAACUGUUUGGGCUAAUGUUAGCAGGACACAAACACUGUCAUUGCUCUCAGCAUAUUUUAGUAUGUUUUCAUCAGUGAUUUUAAAGCAAAAGUUUUACAUUUUAGGAAAUACGCCUAUUCACUUUCUGGUGGGGAGUGAAAUGAGAAGAUAUUGUAGAUAUUAAUCAAAUCUGAGGCCACAGCACGUAGACUGUUAGCAGCUUAACAUUAGCACAAAGACUUUGAACAGUGGCCUAGCUCUUUCAAACUCUUGAAAUCUGACUGCCAGGACCUCUAAAACUCUCUAAUUAACACUUGUGUCUCUUACAUCUCUCUUGUUUAAUUUAAACAAUAAUAAAAGGCAUUUUAUAGGAGGUUAUGUGCCGGACUAUUUCCUGGCUCUGACCAGUUACAAGGCAACCACAGUGGCUGGCCAAGAAAUGGCCUGGCAUAAUAACCCCGUUCAAAAGCAAAUUGUCAUUUUCACACUUAGAUUUAGUUACUGGUAGGCAGAUUAUUGUAACCUUUGGACAGAGCCAGGCUGGCUGUUUCCCCCCACAGACAGACAACUAACUGCUUUAUAUUUAAUGGGCAGAUGUGAGAGUGGUAUAGAUUUUCCCAUCCAACUCACCGCCAGACAGCAAAGUGUAGUGCAUUUCCCAAAGAGUCAAACUUUAAGCUAAGCCUCAGUGUUAAUAUUUACCACGAAGUGGAAUAAAACUUUUCUACAAACUGACUUGAGAUUAGGCUGUAGAAAUCCACUAUCCACUGCUUCUGCAGAGAACGCUGUAUUCUUCCUCAUUCACUUUGUUACUGUGUUUUUAACUAUCAAUAUCUGCUUGUUUGUCAUCAUUGGCUAUCUGGAGGGCAGUAAGAACAACAGGCUGUACAAACGUACACCAGGCUGUCAACGAGUGAGAAGGUGUAUUGGGAUACUAUUCGCAUUCCUUAAACUCAAAUCAUAAAAUGUAAAAAAAACAAAAAAC